AUGGAACUUGCCUCAACCACCAUGGACAAUAUACAAGACCGAACCACCAGUCCCGACUCCCGAACCGGAUUAUCCUACGGAGAUGUGAGGCUGGAUGACUUAGUCGAGGAGAUGGCUCGAGUCCGUCGACGCAAGGAUCGAUUACAAAAUCUGCAGUCACUGGAGGAGCAAGAGGAGGAGCUGCGGAAGGAGAUUGCUCGUCGGAGGAGUCUCCUGCAAUUUUACGAUGAACAACAAUCGCUCGGCACCUUUCGGGAAUCAUAA